AUUUUGAGAAGGCGCCUGUCGACCUUUCACGAAGGACAUUUGGCGAUUGGUUGACUGAAAUAAUUCUUGCGACAUGAUGUGUGUUUUGGAUCAUAUCAGUGGACAGAGAUCGUUCAGGAUGAAGUAUGAAAUAGGAUGAAGAUUCACACACACCUGCUGAACAAUACUUAAGGUGUCCUCAUGUGUGGAAACACUUAUAUGGAACAGUGACAAGGAAAUAGAUUUAGAUAUCCUCAUACACAAAAUCUGUAACACCAGCUAGACUUAUUCAUUUGACUUGCCUGCUAGCUGGGUCGGCCAGAUUUUAGCCAGGGUGUAAAAAGGAAGUAUUUGUGACUUUAAAACUCUAUUCUGCUGCAGUGUGGACGGAUGUUAAACCAGUGUACACACUUAAAUGACUGACUUGUCUCCAUUGACAAACAGGCUAUCCCAUUUCAGGAAGAAAAAUGUAAUUGGCCAAAAUUGGAUCAUUAUUGUUAGUGACAGAUGAACUAUCCAAAGACAUGUCGGAUUAAGAGGAUUUUGAACCAGAAAAUGUAUUAAUUAUCUAUCCAAAAGAUCACCAAGGUCAAGGCGACUGUGCAUUCAUUCUUGUGCCAAGCAAAAAUUGCCAGCUCGACCAAGAAAAAGAGAUGGAGCAUGCAAUAUUGAAAUGUAGGAUUGCUGCGAAGAAUGAAACACGUGUAAGGUCUAGGAAAGAAUCCGAAAUGGAUGAGUUUAAAAAAGAUGGUGAUCCGUCAAAGGUUAUGGACAUGAUGAAGAAAAUUCAGGAAAACAAUUUCAAAGGAAAGUCAAAACGCAGCAUUACCAUCAAAGACAGAAAGUCUGAUUUAAAAGAUGUAUGUAAUGUUGAGGAAAAAUCUGAUGGAACAGAAAAGGAAACAUCCGAAGAAAAGUCUUUGCCUGGAGAGAAUGAGGAAAUUAUUCCAGAGCAAAAUGAUAGUUUUAGAAAGGACAUGACUCAUGACAUUAAGAAAUGGAAGAAAGGACGGCAUGAUCAAAAGAAUGACUACAGAAAAAAUUUGAGUGAUGGAGCACAACAAACACCAGCAUUUCAAGAUAACAGAUUUGCAUCAACUGGUCGUUUCCAUGGUGAUGUCACGAUGGAGGAGGAAGAAACUCCCGUCAAAGAACUGAUGCAUUUUCCCAUGGAGAACGAACACGCAUUUGAAAGCAUGCAGUCAAAUUGUUCCAUGUUUUCCAUGGACUUCAGGACAGAAAAGAUUGAAGGAAAUUGGAGAAAAGAUGAUGGUGACAAGGAUGACAACAAAAUGGAGAAAACGGAUGAAGCAAAACCAGAGAAAAGUUUUGUUGACGAUGUCGAUUUGCUGUCCUCUGAAAGCUUAGGAUGUGAGAGUCUUCUUGGAAAACAGUUGCAUGUUGAUAGUUUGAAUGAAGAGGACCAAAUCCCUCCUGUGGAAUUUAACUCCGACAAAGACUGUACAGCGAACCUCCAUUCUGCAGAUUUUGAUAACAUAUCUGAAUUGUUAAAAGAAGAUAUAGACAGAGAUGUUGAUUCUAGUCUCAGCAUGGACAAAAAUGGCAAAUUGACUCUGGACAAAUUAGAUAGUUUGUCUUCUGAAUAUUUGGAAGUAAAUUUGGAAAAAGAAUUUGAGCUGCUGAAUGGCUGUCAGGAUGGAAAUAGACAGACAAACCUGCAAUUUUCUGAUUCAGAUACUUUGCUUGAGAAAGAACAGUUUGUCGAGAAGGAGAUGGAUCUGAAACUGCAGGAAGAAACUGAAGUUUCUGGGGAAAAUGUCUGCAUAGAAGAUGAAAGUAACAUCACAGAGUAUGAGCUUGAGGUUGACCUUGAGUCAUUUUCACAGAAGAGUUCCAAACAGUUGAGUAAAUGUGGACGAGAUCUAAAAGAUAUUACAAACUCUCUCCUGAUGAUGACUGACAGAACUUCCCAUCAGUGUACCAAAGGGUUGGACAGAGCUACUGCAGUUCCCUUAUUGAAAGGGGACAGUCUUGACACACAGCUUUCAGACUUAGGAGAGCUGAAAGAAAUGACAUCCCAAUGGCUGGUUACAUUAAGUGAUUUACUUAUGGAGAAAGAACAACUGGACUUGGGUUUAGAUACUUUGGCAGAUCUGCAGUCCAAAGUUUCUCAAGGGCUUGAAGUGCAGUCUAGAGAAAGAAGGAAUAUGAAGAAGAAAGUGAAGCAGCUUAAAGUCCUGUGUCUGGAAAUGUUGGAUUCCAAAACAUUGGAUAAACCAGCCAAUCGGAUUAUUCCACCUGGAAUAACAACCAAUAAGAAGUUUCUGCGCAUGGUUGUAGCUAUUGAGAAACUUCCUUGGACAAAUGGAAGACAGUUGCACAGACAUUGCUCUGUAUUGCCCCCUAGUGGACACUGGACCUCACAAGGUGUUCGAUACAAGGGAGAUAACUUGAAAAAGCAACCAACCGAUUCUGGAAGUGGUCGCCAUGGAAAUGGACACCAGGGUAAUUGGGGUAAUCAAAAAUCUUCAAAAGAUGGAAAUGGAAACAAAGGAGGUGACAAAGAAAACACAAGGAACUUUGAAGAUGAAAAAGACAUUGAUGAACAGGAACAUCCUCCGGAAGAAAACAACAAUGAGACGUCUAGUGCUGAGAGCCCGUCUGACACUAUGGCUCCUCUACCCAACCACAAGUCUCGUAAAAAGGAUGAUUCUGAGGAAGAGAAGAAAAUGAAAACUUUCAACAUGCUAGCUGCAUUGAAGGAGGACAUACCACCUGAUAUUAUGAAGGAAAUAGGUAAAUGUUUGGUGGCGUGCUUGAAUUCACGAAAAAUUGGAGGAAGUGAUGUCAUUUCAGAUUGCAGCAUCUGUGCUUUCCUAUUUUCCCUCAUCAGCCAUUUUGGUAAUUGCCCAAGUGACUACAACUCUUGUGACAUGUGCCAGCGAGCAUUCUGUUUGGUCUCCAAACAUUUGCAGUUAUGUAUGGAAUGUCAAAUCACUGAAACAGAACCAAUUUGUCCGUUACCAAUCUGUCAAAAAAUCAAGCACAAAUUCAAGAAACACCCAGAGAAAAUAUCUCGGCGUGGCAAGGAACUUUGGCCAAAAUUGAAGAAAUAUCUUGCUCGAUUUUCUCGUGGCUCAGAGGAUGUGGGUCUAGAUAUGCCAGUGGAUGAGGGGGAUGAUUAUUUCAGCUUGACAAGUAUUCCUUUAUCAAGUCUGAGUUCUCUUGGGAGUAGCACUGGGGGGUUGCCAUUAUCAAGACCGCCACGUACAUCCAGAACCAGUGUCAUAUUCCAACCAAACUUAGAAAGUAUUUCAGAAAACACGAUAACUGGUCGACCAACUGGAUCCCGAUCAGAGCCACUUGCUAGAAGGACAGAAACAGGAGAAAUCAUUUAUCAAAGACCAGGUAUUCGUCAAAAUCGUCCAUCAAGGUUGUCUUUUACUGAGGAAAACAGAUCUCCUUAUUCAAAUCAGUCAAAAUCAGCUCCACUGGUUAAAAAAACUGAAGACGGUAAAACGGUUUUUGAACAAGAUGUUGAGGCACUUCCAAAACCUUUGCGUCCAGAUCGUAAAGUGUCCUUCAGCACUACGAAGUCAGAGGUUUUCUCUACAAGGUCUUUACCGUCACCGGAAGAAAAGCUUGAAAGUCUUGUUGAAAAUGCUCAAUAUACGUCUCUUAAUGCAGAGAAAGUUUACGGAGAUGAUCGAACAAGUAGUCUUCCUCUAAAUUUUUUUCCUCCGGAAAAUGCCGGCGACCAGUUGACAUCGGUCCAGAUGAGACCAAUGGGAUACCCGGGGAUCGGAGAAGUUGUUUAUGCACCUAAGGAUCAUUUGAGAUAUGUAGCACGGCAUUGGAAGAAGGUUAAAGAGGAUUACGGGAGAAACAAAACAGCUGAGAAGAAACAUUUACGAGAGGAAGGGGUCGUUCUCACAGAAAAUAAGGAGAAAUUUUCCAUUUUCCGGACACGAUAUCAGAAAAAUUUUCAGUGGAUCCGCCUGACACAUUUAGGAACUGGAAUGUCUGGCAAAUGUCACCUGGCACAGGACUACAACACAGACUUUAAAUUCUGUAUCAAGAAGAUACACAUUCUCAAGUUUGAGGAACGUGAACUUGAUAUCUGGAGCGAUCUUUCGCACCAAAAUAUUGUCCAACUUUAUGGGGCAAUCCGUCAUGGACACAACAUCUACAUAUUUGAGGAGUUUAUUGAUGGAGGGUGUCUUACCGAAACUAUCAAUCUUCAGAAGGAGACAGGACAUCGACUGAGUCACUGGACUGCAUUGAACUAUCUACAGCAGAUCCUUCAGGUUCUGGUUUACCUGGAGAGAAGAUCUAUCAUUCACGAGGACAUCAAAGCCGACAACAUACUCCUACGAAAGGACACUACACAAGUAGUCGUAUCAGAUUUUGGAGUAGCACGCCGCUUGGAACAUGUCUUAAGAGAGGCCAGUCCUGUUGGAACUCCAACUAGCUUCAGUCCGGAAAAAGCCCAGGGUCAAGGUCAUGGAGCAAGGUCAGAUGUGUGGGCAGCAGUCUGCACCCUCAUCCACAUGUUGAGUGGUUGGCCCCCGUGGGUCAGGCGAUAUGAAGGCGUCGCUACUCUCAAUUUCAUCAUUGUGGAGCGAGAACCGCCUCUGAAAGACCUUCCUGCCAAUGUAAGCCGAGAUGUGUACAACUUAGUAGAGCAUGCCUUGAAGAAAGAUCCAAAGGUCCGUCCUUCGGCCAGCAAAUUAUUACAACACGAGGCCUUUAAGUUACUCACAGGAACCCCAGAAACUUUUGUUUCAGUGCUGGAAUCUCCCCUCAACACCAAUAUCAACAUUUCUGAUGAUUUGGAUAAAGCGCUCAUCGAGAAGUUCAAAGAUCAGUAUCAGCCAAGCAAUGUUUUGCCAUGUGCUGGUACCAUGACACCAAACUCGACUGAAUCACCUCAAGGUUCCUGCAUGGCUGGCAAUGAAAUUCUGACAUCCGUCGGAAGGGUUACUCCAUGUGAUCCUCCAAAUAUUCUCCCUGAGGCAAUGUUCCCAAUUCUCCGAGAUGUAACAGUCCUUGGAGUGAUGGGACCUCCUUCUCCAGCCAAGUACAUCGAGACAGAUCCAUUUGUAUUUUUACGACGGUAUGUUGAUGAUAGUGAUGUAUCUACAGAAAAUUUCGAACAGAAAUUUAAGAAUCUUCUUGAGCACUAUAAACCAGAGCCAGAUAAAGAGUCAGAUUCAGGCGAGGACGAUAUAGAGAAAACUCUCAGUGUUUUUGACAGAGGCUUUGUCAAUAUUCCUGAUCUAGAGAUGUUACUGGAAAAUGCAAUGCAAGAUCACGGUACGCAAGGACGUGCAUCUAUUCCUGAUGUGGUACACCAGAUGCAUGAUGAAGCCUUAAGGCAAAAUAUGAAGGAAACAUCAGGGGAGGUAAUCAACAGGACCUCUGAACAACUACAAACCAGUUAUGGAUAUCCUACAGAACAGGAAAGGGAAGAAAUGGAGGGGACACAGUUCCAAGAGACAGAUCCUAAUGAUAUACCCAACUUUGGAACCCUUCUCGGUGAAAACCAGCCAAGUCACAACAUCAACUCGAACUUGCCAACAGUUCUCUUCUCCCUGGAGGACAUACCGACUAUCACAGGUCAGGAAUUGUCUUCUGGAGGAAAUUCUCUAAAAGAAGGAAGUGAAUCCAGUGAGGAACAAAGAUUAUGGGAUUCCCGGAAAAGUUCCACAGAAAGAAGCCGCUUUUCUGAAGAAGAAGGAAGUUUAAAAGAAAUUUUAUCUUUUCCAAAGGACACUUCGCCUUCAGGGGUUCCUUACUGUCAAAAUCCUCCACUAAAUGUCAUGCCAGAUUUGGAAGCCUUGAUGGCAUCGAUAGCUUUAAUCCAAAAUGAAAACUCUUCUAUCCCUAUGGAUGAUUUGUUUUGUUCUGGCGACGAAGAAACUCCAGAAUCUCCAAAUAAAGGCAAAGGUCAAAGUCAAUGUUCAUGGUAGCAAUGAAAAAGUUGUUCCUAAGGUCC